ACAUGGCGUAACUCUUUCUCUUCCUUCGGAGAUGUCGUUCAACAAGCUUACUCAGUAGAUCGCAUUGAACAAGCUCUCUGAACUCUAAUAGAUUCUAAUGGAGCAUUAUAACAUCAACUGAGUCCCUCAAAAGGCAGCMCGUGCUCUAAAUAUGAAAGAUCAGCAGACUACCUCAAUAGUAUUACAAUACCAAACUUUUAUAUCUCUAUAAUAUGUCAUCCCAUAAGCAAAAUGGGUCUGAAUGGGGAGAAAAMAUGGCCUCCRGUCUUAAUAGUUGUGCGACAUCUAAACCUGAAAACUUAGAUCCAGAUCAUCUCUAUGAAGCAUAUUUAAGUGAACAUCUCAAAGAAAUGCAUGAAGAUGAUAGUUCUCUAGAUGAUUUUGACUCUAGAUUUAUGGAACAAGUGUAUAAAGAAAGAGACAAUUCUGAUGGUUGGGAUAGAUACUUGGAAAUCUUACGAAACGAACUUACAAGCGAUGAUAAUGAAGCCUUACGUAAUCUUGAUUCACAUCAAAUUAAUGGUGCAUGUUCAUCAGGUAUUGRUCAUGCAUCYCCAAAAUCAAAGACAAAAGAURGCYRCUCUUUUUCAAAUAUAACAAACCAAAGCAAGGAAAAGAAGCAUGCAAAAUUUCAACCAAAAGAGGAGCAAAAAMGUUGUCAUUAUUUCAGAARUGGAACAUGCUAUUAUGGCAAUCCCAUGAAGGACACUAAAAGAAAUGAAGAGGAAAAGAAGACAAAGUCUGAAUUACAUGUUGAUUCAUCUGAGAUUGAGUUUUAUAGAAAUUUAAGAAAAUACUUUGGAACAGCUAAAGAAAUGUCUGAAAGAAAGAAGUCACAAACUUUGAAUCCAAAAAAACCAUCUGGGAGCUGCAAUUCUCCAGCUGAUCAAGGAACUAACCAUUUUGCUAAAGAUGAAACUAGAGGAAAAUCURCUUCAAGCCAAGCAAAACCAAAURCAUKUUCUAAUAGYAGGAAAAACAUUAGAAAGGAGAAGACUGACAAUGGAGUUAGAUCAGAUAAGUCUGAGAGCUCAACUUCUCAGGAAUYUAUCAAAAAURAACCCAGUAAAAACARAUUUGAAGAAGUGUAUUCUUCAAAAUGCAAAAGUACAAAGGACACRCAUUUUGAAAGURACUUGAMAUCAGUWGUAUCAGAGCAAGAGAGGUCAAAGAAACCCUUGCUUSAAAAAGAUACUGUAACACCCAAAARUGKUCCCUACAUCUCUUCAAAGGUUUGCAAUGGAGAUACAAUGUCUAAAAUAGAUGAYCAGCUAACUUYAGAGAAAGARCAUCSUCKGAAAAAGGACUCAUUGACAAAAAGUGGUAAGUCAAAGAUCRAUGUUGCGCCUGUGAAUCCUGGAAAUUCUGGAAAUUCAUCAAAACAGAGCAGCACACAAGAAAUAAAAUUGGAAAAUCAUUCAAAAUCUUGUAAAGCUGAACAAGAAAACACAAGGAAGUCAUCUCAUGAUGCAGGCUCAAYUAAAAGCAAUCCAUUAUCAUCUAAGAUGCCAUCAUCCARCAACAAAGAAGCAUCAAAAAGCUUUGCCAAUGAAAGUAGUGACAGCCAAAUGAAAGCACCAAUGAGUGCUUCACAUUUUGAUCUGCUAAACGACAAAAAAUCACAGGCUUCUUCAAAACAUUGUCCAUCAGACCAGAAUUUGAAAAGCAACUUUUCAAAGAAUAAAACAGUUGCUGAUAAARGCAAAGAAAAGAGCACACAAUCCAGCAAACAAUUUGAGAAAGAUAAGAAAUAUGCACAGAGGAGAGCAUCAUUUGAAAAGGAUGAAUUCAAGCCACAAUCCAUGCAUGAAAAAUCUGACAAAAAGACUAAAAAAACACACARAACURCUGAAGAURAACAUGCAGGUUCUUCACAAGAUUCACAUCCCACAACUUCAAGGCUUCCAAAGGAUAGAAAACUGCCAAAACAAAGGGCAUCAGAGCCUAACAAGGAUUUUGAAAGUCAUUUUCACAAGAUUAGACAUGGUCGACCAUCAAAAGAAGAGAUGAUAAGAAGAAUAUCUCCCAAUGAAACACUAGAAUCAUUGCUGCGCUCUUUCCUUUAUACAGUCAAAGAAAUUGGAUUCAAAUGUCUCAAGGUCCUUUUGUGGAUUCUCUACUAUGCUAUAUUGAUUGUAGCUGUCAUUCUUUUGUGUUUGCUGAAAAUUUUGAAAGGAACUGUGCUCUAUGCAUAUGGAUAUGUGAUGUCAUUAGGAAUUACAAUUGCCAUCAUCGAUAAGCUUUGGCUUGGUAAAGUCUACCUGGCAAGAUGGUAYGGUAUAAUAAAAGAGUUUAUCAAAGAGAAGGUCUAUGGUCCCAAGAGAGCAGCUCAAACAUAUAACCUACCUAACACUGGAGAAGAUGCAGUACAACAGCUGCUCAUCAGACAAGCACCAGAUAAUAACCCUUACAGGAUCUUGGGUGUACCAAAAGAGGCCACAGACGAAGAYAUCAGAAAACAAUAUCGAAAGUUUGCUGUACUUGUCCACCCAGAUAAGAACAAACAUCCACAGUCAGCCAAGGCAUUUCAGAUCCUGUMCAGUGCMUACGACGUUCUUGGCGAUUCAAGCAAACGUCAAGAGUAUGAUCGAGAAGUGGCCAGAAAAGAGCAAUUACACAAAGACAGAGCAAGUGGAAAUUUUAUGAGAGAGCCAUCUGAUUACACUAAUCCUCAUGAGUUCUUUGCUGACUUUAUGAGGCAAAUGGAAGAGAUUCGUGAAAGCCUGGCUUGUAAUGUGUGUGGAGGAAGACAUAGGAGACGUCGGGCUGSUAGGACUGCUUACCAGGCCCGUUUCUGUUCUCAGUGUUCCACCUUGCACCAAGCAAAAGAGGGCGAUUUUUGGAAAGAGAGUAAUGGCUUUUUAGGAAUGGGACACGGGAGGUUCUAUACCUGYAUGGAAAACACCAUAUACGAUAUCACUGACUGGGGUCUUUGUCAGGAACGCUGUGGUUUUCACUUACCUGCAAAUUCUCACAGAGUGUGUGGUAAAAUCAACUCGCAUCGCCAGCAACCACCGCCCAGACAAAGGUUUACCGAAGAGGAUUUUUUUCGCGAUAUUUUCGGUCAGAAUCCUGGUAGUGGUGGCCAUAGCAAUCACACCCACAGAGAACAUCAAAACAGAACCAAACAACAGAAAAGACGACGUAAGAGAAAAUAGCACAACUUAAACAUCAAUUUAAACAGUUAAUACAAUGUGUUAGUAGUUUGUGUCUCUCCUAGCUUUAGUGGGGAUUGAAUAAAGGUUGUAAACCUUUAAAAGCGAGAAAAAUAUUUUUAUGUACAUUGAAACACGGCAGUUAUUCUAGUUCUUGUAAAGUAAGAGUUAUGAAAAUCGAAAUCGUUUAAUAAUACCUUAUAAACUGUGAGCUAAUUAGAAACUUGUAUUAUAGAAAUAUACUUUAAAAGAAUUUAGAAAUUAUUUCCAAUAAAAUCUUUUUUGUUCUUUCAUAA